AUGGUGCUGGACUCCACCUUCUCAAUCGAGAGGCGGGCGUGCCGCUUCUCUCGAGUCAUGAUAGACGGUGGCAGCAACAUCAACAUCCUCUACCGCGACACCAUGGAAAAGCUGGGCAUCAAGAAGAAGCAACUCCAGCCCAGCUGGACCGUGUUCCAUGGCAUUGUCCCUGGGCUUUCCUGCUCUCCAAUCGGCAAGAUCAAGAUCGACGUCUUGUUCGGUGACAAGACCCACUUCCGCCGUGAGCCAAUUUGGUUCGAGGUGGUUGAUUUGGACAACCCCUACCACGUGCUCUUGGGCCGGCCAGCGUUGGCCAAAUUCAUGGCGGUUCCACACUACGCGUACCUGAAGAUGAAGAUACCAGGCCCCAAGGGCAUCAUUACCAUUGUCGGCGAGUACAAGAAGUCGGUCAUGUGCGCCGCAGCCAGCUCCCGGCUGGCCGAGUCCCUCGUCAUCGCCGAAGAAAAGCGCCUCCUUGACCGGGUUGUGGCCAUGGCCAGCAAGCAGCCGGACAUGCCAUCGGACCCCAAGGAAACGGAGCCCGAGGGCUCCUUCCAGCCGGCUAAGGAAACCAAGGAGAUCACCUUGCACCUGGCGCACCCAGAGAAGUACGCUGUCAUGGGGGCUAACCUCGACAGGAAAUAG